AUGGGCCUCCAGCGGAAGCAAGGAGUUCCUGUGAAUGGAGGAGAGCAAUUUGAUAUAAGGUUGACCGUUGAGGAAUUUAAGCACUCUGUCGGCAUGUACACAUUGUGGAAGCCUGGAAUGGAGACUCAUGUAAGCCAUGUAAAACGUAGGAGCAUACCCACCUUUAUAUUUCCUGGUGGUGUUCGGCCUCUUCGUCCUACCGAAGUGGCUGGGGAGCGAAGGCAGGUUUCAGAAGCUAAGGUUCCUAGCCAUGCUGAAACAGGCAAAUUAUUUGAAGGCAAGGCUACUCCUGAGGGACCAGAUGAUGGAAGGAAGAGGAAGCAUGAGGAUGAUAUUGUAGGAACUAACUUGGGAGGCUCAAAGUAUUUAGCUGGUGUAGGUUUCUCGAGUGAGGAAGGUCAUGAUGGCGACCCUUUUGUCUGCAUUUCUACUUUAGAUUGUUUAAAAGAAAAGGUUAGAAACAAUAUAAAUGGAGUAAUUGAGAAGUUCAAAGAUCCAGCAGGGCUUCCUUCUCAGAAUAAUUGUGGAAGAGAUGAAUCCAUAAGGUGCAGCACACCUAUUGUGUAUUUACGUGCUAAUGGUGCAUCAUCAAGUUCUAAGGAAGCAGAAAAACUUGCGAUCGAGAAGAUCAUGUCUGGUCCGUAUGUUGCACACCAGGCAUUUCCGCAAGAACUUGAGGAGCUUGAUGAUGACACUGAAUAUAAUGGUCAAGUGAAAAUUUUGGGUGGGAGUGCAACAAAAAGCUCCAUGGAUUCCUCAACAACAAAAAGUGUCGUACUUUCUCUAACAACUUGCAAUGGAGCUGGUCCUUUGUCCGCCUGCUGA